UAUUUAAGCGCGGUUGGCGAUUUGCGAAAAUGUAGUCAGAUCCUUGACGUAUUCCGAGAAUCACAAACCAUGUACAAGUUCCUGCUCAUUGCUGCCCUGCUGCCGGCCGUCGUCUUCGGACAGACCCCGUUCCGACCAUGCUCGAACGGUGCACCGACUCCGGCUUCGGUCAACAUUGAAGGAUGCACAUCGCUUCCUUGCACGGUCGUGUCCGGCGGUGGACUGGUUGCCCGUGGUAUUGGCAUCGUGUCCCCGGUCGCUACCCCAACUCUUGAUGCUCAUCUGACCGCUCGUUUGCUUGGACUGGAUGUUGGAUUUGAAAUCCCGGAAGAUCUGCGUGAUGCGUGCGCUGUUGGCAUUAUCGGUGCUUCGUGUCCGAUUGCUGCUGGCCAGUCGUUUGACUACGAGCUGAACUAUUCGAUGGAAUUGCCACUGGUCGGAAUUACCGUGCAGGUUGAGGUCGGUCUUACCGCUGCCGACGGUACCGAUGUGACUUGCAUUGAAAUCGAUGCUGCCAUCGUCGGUUAA